GGUGGUGUGUGUUUGGCCGUGUUUCACGAGUUUACGUCUUUAAAUAGGACCGGUUCUGGGUGUGGUGUAAAGCUAUGUUUGGGUCCAUCAAAAUAUAUCACUUUUAGUAAUUUAUUCGCUUUGAAAUUGAAAAAGCUGUAGGAGUAAGAAAAUAUAAAUCUUUAAAAACGAAAGCACCUAGAAUAUAAUAACUAUAAAUAUAAAUUAAUCAUAGAUUCAUAGAAAAUUAUUAUAAAGUUAUACUUAUAAUCUGAUAACUUGUAGUUGUAACUUCAAUGUAAGUUGUAAGGAACAGUAGUACUAUUAAUACUAGUAGUAUCACUGUCACUUAUGGAAAACCCAAACAGUUUGUCUACUACAGCCGUUGUUAAUUCAACUGGCGUUUAUUCCCCUUCUCCUCCAAGUUCAGAUCCUUCUAAUCGUGCUGGUGUGAUUGUAUCCUUGAUUAAGAUGUUUUGCAAAGGAGCAUCAGUAAUCUCUGGAGCUUAUUUAUUUGGAGUAUUUGGGAUCAGUCCAUCAUGGUUAUUAAUGGGAUUAGUGAUGUGGAUGGUUAGAGAAAACCACUUGAAGAAAAAGCAGGAUCGUAUUGCUCACAAUCAAGCAGCUGUAACUAAUGAAAAAGCUGCAGUUUUAGCUAGAUUAGAGGACUUACCUUCCUGGGUCUACUUUCCUGAUGUUGAGAGAGCAGAAUGGAUAAACAAGAUCCUACACAAAAUGUGGCCUUAUAUUGGUCAUUACGUAGAGGAUCUUUUGAGAACCAAAGUGGAACCAAGUGUUCGUGAGAGCUUGCCUUCAUACUUACGGAGCUUUAGAUUUGAAAAGAUAGUCCUUGGAGACAUGCCUCCAAGAGUUGGUGGUGUAAAAGUUUAUGAAGAAAAUGUGGGAAGAGAUGAGAUAAUUAUGGAUUUGGAAAUUCUUUAUUCUGGUGAUUCAAACUUCUUGGUAGGAGUCAAAGGUUUAAAAGCAGGCAUCAAAGAUGUACAG